AUGGCGUCAAAGAGCGUGUGCGUGCUCCUGCGGCGGUGUUUGUCAUCGGCAGCAGCUGCAGUACCGCUCUCCGCCUCUCACCGUUCUCACAGAAAUGCAGUGUUUUCUCGUGAGCAGAGCAGACAGAGGGCGCUGUUUCCCCGAGUGGAGAAGCUGGAAGUGUCUCUGCAGGGACCAGGUGUGGAGGGGACACUGCUGGUGAUGAACCGAGGAACUUCUACUCCUUUGAGCUGUGCGAGACACCUCACAGAGUACCAUGUGGAAAGCUCUGUUCUGGCUCUGGUUGACGGAGAACUAUGGCCUCUUCACAAACCACUGACUGACAACUGUACCCUGUCUCUGCUCACGUUUAAGGACAAAGACCCUACAGCCGUCAACGAGGCGUACUGGCGCUCCUGCUCUGCUCUACUGGGACAGGUCUUGGAGACGGCUUUCAAAGAGGACUUAAGAGUGGAGCUCCUGCCCUCAGUGCAAACACCAGUUUCUUCCGGUGCUUUCUGUUGUGACGUGGUUUUGGAUCCACAGCUUGAUUCAUGGACGGCUUCUGAGGAGUCUCUGCGCUCUCUUACCCGAGCGGCUCAGCUCCUCAUCCAGCAGAACCUGCCCCUGGAGCCUCUGGACGUGUUACCGGCAGUGGCCCUUGAGGUUUUCUCCCACAGCAAGUGUAAACAGGAGGAAGUGGAGAAGAUGGCAGCGGAGAGCCCCAGAGGAAUUGUGCAGCUCUACAGAUGUGGGGACCAUGUGCUCCUGUCCAGCGGUCCCCUAGUGGCCAGGACCAGUCUGUGCUCACAGUACGAAGUGACCGCCCUCCACAGUUUGGGACACGGGCCGUGGGGCCUCCAUCGCCGCUUGCAGGGGCUGUCUCUGCCCACACAGCUCCAGGCUCAUCACACGGUCUGGAGGAAGCUGAGGAAGAGAGCAGAGAAACUGGUAGAAGUCCCCGCUCCUGACAUGACGUUGGCCACUUCCUCAGCUCCCAGCCAAUCAGCAGCAAGCAAUUAA